UGGCCAAAGUGAAAAGGUUGUGUGUUUGACGAGCGUUGACUUCUCUCUGGCACAGCUGAUUCAAGUGAUCGUCCUUCUCUCCACCGGCGGUAAAGACGGCGGAGGAUACGAAGGAUCGGACUAUGUAGUCAUUGCUAUCCAUGGGGGGAUCUUAUUCAUACAUGCACUUCUCAACAGCCCCCCUAUCUCCGUCUUGUCUUUCAUUGGACAGCUGGCUGCUCUCUGGAAUCUACUAGGGGUUCUGGUGCUUAUGAUCCUGAUUCCUGUGGUUUCUACCGAGAGAGCCACAACUAAGUUUGUCUUUACUAACUUCAACACUGACAAUGGACUCGGCAUUACAAGCUACGCCUACAUAUUCGUUUUGGGACUCCUCAUGAGCCAGUACACCAUCACAGGGUAUGAUGCCUCUGCCCACAUGACUGAGGAGACGAUUGAUGCAGACAAGAAUGGGGCAAGAGGAAUAAUCAGUGCCAUUGGGAUAUCAAUUUUGUUUGGAUGGGGUUAUAUACGGGGCAUAAGCUAUGCUGUCACAGACAUACCUUACCUCCGGAGUGAGACCAACAACGCUGGUGGGUACGCCAUUGCUGAGAUCUUCUACUUAGCUUUCAAGAGCAGGUCUGGGAGUGGUACUGGAGGUAUCGUGUGCUUAGGCAUUGUUGCUGUUGCUGUGUUUUUCUGUGGCAUGAGCUCUGUCACCAGCAGUUCUAGGAUGGCUUAUGCGUUUUCGAGAGAUGGAGCUAUGCCAUUUUCUCCCUUAUGGCACAAAGUGAACAGCAGAGAGGUUCCCGUUAACGCGGUUUGGCUCUCUGCUUCCAUAUCUUUCUGUAUGGCCCUCACCUCACUGGGGAGUAUAGUGGCGUUCCACGCAAUGGUGUCCAUAGCAACGACUGGACUGUACAUAGCAUACGCAAUACCGAUCUUUCUAAGAGUGACGCUGUCACGCAAAACCUUUGUGGCUGGACCAUUCAGCCUAGGGAGGUACGGAAAGGUGGUCGGUUGGGUGGCAGUCAUAUGGGUUGCAACCAUCUCCGUCCUCUUCUCACUUCCCGUGGCAUAUCCCAUAACGGCCCGCCAUUGGUUUACAGGCCCCGUCUCCAACAUUCUUAGCUGAAACAACUUUAUAGUAUUUUGGGGUUGUUUCAUGUUUGUUUUCUUAUUUAUAUAUAUAGUAAAGGCAUUCAAGAUAUAAUCUACCGUUUGAUAUAUACAAACAAACAUCAUCAUUUUUUUAUUAUUAUUUUAUAUCCCCUAAAUAUUAACUGAAGAUUUUUUAAAAAGAUGUAAUCUUAAUUUUGUACUAAUUAAAUUUUAGACUUGUUUA